AUGAACGAUGCUGCAGAACAAUGCCUGAGUUCGAACCAUGGGAGAGCUCAGGUAUCUCAGAUCGAUGCCUGUGCUGGUUCUGAAAAAGCUGCGGCUCUUAGGAAGCUAUUCAAGGUGGAUCUAGCUGAUUACAUGUUAUCCAUAUGCGGAAAUGAAGUUCUUCGUGAACUUUGCUCCCCCGGAAAAAGUGGAAGCUUCUUUUACUUGACGAAUGACGACUGCUACAUGAUUAAGACAAUGAAGAAAGUUGAAGUAAAAGCUCUCUUGAGAAUGCUUCCUGCCUACUAUACUCAUUUUCGAACCUAUCAAAAUACAAUGGUGACAAAGUAUUAUGGUUUGCAUUAUGUCAAAUUAAUUGGACAUAUCCAAAGGAAGGGAUCUUCGCUUGGUCGUACAACCAAUAAGCCUGAGACUGAGCUUAGUGAAACAACUAUCCUUAAGGAUCUUGAUCUAAACUUUAUAUUCCGGCUGCAACCGUCUCGAUUUGAAGAAUUCUGCAGUCAAAUUGAUAGAGACUGUGAGCUUCUAGAACAAGAGGGAAUUAUGGACUAUAGUUUAUUAGUAGGUAUUCAUUUUAGACAUAUAUCACCAGAUGGGGAACUUGUUCCUUGUGGAUCUGAGAAUCUUAUUGGAAAAGCCAAAAAGUUAAGGGGUAGUGGCAAAUCCAAUAAUCAUCAACAUCAUCAUCACUUGCAAGUAGUUCACAAGGAAACUGAGUUAGAUGCAAUGCAAGCAGAGAGGUGCCAUGUGCUAACUUAUGAGGAUGGAGAAGGGGACUUGAUUAUGAUUGGAGAUGUGCCUUGGGACAUAUUGUAUGACAAACGAUUUAAUGCCUUUCAUUAUCUGGUCUCUGAUGAAGAUGCACCUAAUUAUCGGUCAAUUAUACAGAACCCAAUGGAUAUGGCUACUGUGCUGCAUCAUGUUGAUAAUGGUCAUUAUAUCACAUGUGCAAGGAUUUUUAUACUCCUGAACACCCAACCCUUCCGAUCUGAACCUCUCCACCAUCGCCGUUCACCGCCGCCGUUCACCACUGCUCACCGACACCGCCAGAUCCCUUCUAUCUCACAGGCAUUCGUCGAUCUCCAUCUCUAUCGCCCGUCGUUAGCGCCCCCUAUUUCUGCCUCCAACAGCAGUGUCGCCGCCGUCUCUCACGUUCUAAGCCUCCGUGACCCUGUGUUUGCCGCCUCCGAUCCACCAGCGUAG